CACGCGUCUUUAUGAACAAAAAGUAGUAUAAAUAAGCACAUCCUACCUGCGUUGUCUCAUUUUCGGAAGCUACUUGUUUUAGAGUAACUUUGUACCGUUUCUGUUAUUUCUUUUCUUAACAAUGGCCGGUAUAAACAUUCAUGCAAGUGAUCAAGCUAGUCGACUAUUCGCUGAGACGGCACUAAUUCCUUCCUGUCAUCCAUUGGCUCCUGCUUCAUCCAGCCCACCAAAAUUUGGUACACUUAUCCCAAAUCGCAUAUUUGUUGGAGGAAUACCAUCAAAUACUACUGAACAAGAACUUAAGUCGUUCUUUUCAAGUUUUGGUCAAGUAAAAGAUGUUAAAAUUAUAAAUGAUCGUCUUGGAAUAUCUAAAGGAAGUUACGGUUUUGUUACUUUUGAAAGUCAAGAAAUGGCUGAAAAAAUUAUCAAGAAUGAGUCUGAAACAUUAAUUUUCAAAGAUCGAAAACUGAAUAUCGGUUAUGCAAUUCGUAAACAACAAAUUUUCCCCCGCCCUGACCUUACAACUGCAUUAUUCUUCACUGGUGGUGCUAUGCCAUAUGGUUUUCAAAAUAGUAUGGCUGUAUUCCCCCUACCUGGUCAGGAGUAUUCUAUGUUAACUCAGACGGCAGCUCCUUAUGCUACAAUGAUGCUUCCUCAACCGAGUGGAGGGACAACACUGUAUCUACCGCCUUCUUUACAUUCAACUGCAACUGCUCCUGUGUCAGCAUAUGCACAUAUUUCACAGCAUGCAGUAACAGCUGCACUUCAACAACAAUUUCAUCAAACAGGAACACCUUCCGGUUUAACACCAGCUGUUGUUGGUCAAAUUGCCCCAGUGAAUGUCAGUACAAAUAAUACUAGUCCUCAGUCUCAAUCAACUGCUGCAGUGAUGGCUGCUGCUGCAAUGGCUGCCGCUGUCCAAUGGCCACAACAAACACCUCAGAAUAAUCAACAAAGUCCUCAACAAUUAGCUAAUGUUGCUGUAGCUCAAGGUAUUGCUCAAGCAAACAAUGGUCAUCAUACUGUUGGUCAAACAACAACAAUAACUCAACAACAAGCUACUGCAAUGGCUGCUGCUGUUGCAGCCCAACAGCAGCAGCAGCAACAACAAGCAACUUGGCGUUGGUCACCAAAUUUACAACAAACACAGAAUACUGUUCAUGGGACAAGUCCUCAGUCUGGUGUAUGCGCUAUCACUACAUCUUCUUCAGGUAUAGGAGUGACGGCUUCAACGCCAACUACAUCUAAUCAAAAUAUUCAACCAAAUCAACAGGUGAGUGAUUCAGACUUAUCCUUAUUACAAUCAACAAUCGAUACACUACCGUCUACUCUUCUAUUAACACCGAAUUCAGCAUUAACAGCAUCCACUGCAGCAUUUCUUGCUGCUACAGCUAUGCAACAAUCAGGUGGAAAUAUUUUUGGUACUGAAAUGAUGAAUAUGAAUUUUGAUUUAACAACAGCAGCAGCAUUGGCUGCAUUAGCUACAGCUUCAAUAGAUUCAUCCUUAUUAAGUACAAAUACGAAUCAAACGGAAAAUAUUUCAAAUGAAUGCUCAAAAUCUUCUCCUACAGAAACAGAUGAUUGUUAUAAUGAAUCUAGUAAUGAUUUAUCCUCCAGUCUACCAGCAAAGAAAGCACGUUAUGAUAUAGACACUGUAUGUAAAUUGGAGAAUGAUAAAUAAAACUAUUGUGUUUCUUACUUGAUAAUAUGAAGCAUUCUCUAUUUUCUGAAUAAUAGUGACUAAGGUUGUUCUUGUACAACACACACAAUGGUAGAAAUACAGAGACACUUGAUUUAUUUUUCAGUGAAACUUUAAUAUUUCCCCGCAUUUUGUUCAUUUAUGUAUAUGCAUGAAUUUGUAAAACUGUUAACUGUAAAAAUGUUUGAAAAUAUACUUAAAUUAAAUUUUAUUAUAAACAUAUUACUUCUUUUUUUAAUAUUUGAUAACUAAUAGUCUUUCAUCAUUUUAUUUUGUAUGUAUGAUUGCAUGAUUGUAACAGUGUCCAACAAAUGCGGCUUAUCUAUAUAGUCCAUUAACUGGAACUAGUCAUGAAGUAAUGCUAUUUCAUCAUCAUACAAGUUCACCAUAUCCAGGAAAUUCGACUAGUGAUUACAGUACUGAUCAUAGUACAAAUUCACCCGGUGUACUGGAGUCAGUUGAGCCUUUAAGUUUUCAAUGUGAUGGUACACCAAUUGGUUGUCAUACACAACAACAACAACAAUUUAAUGGGAAUCAGUUAACUACUAAUAUUUACAAUAGUACACCAAUGGAUGCUUCAUGUUUAUCUCCGUAUACCACAGCAACAUUUACGCCUAUCUUAGAAUUUCAUUCCCAUUCAAAUUGUUUAAAUCAACAGAAUUCUAUUCAUCCAAUGAUAGCAGCAUCAGCGACAGCCGCUCAGAUACAACAAAAUUUACGUCAAAAUCAAUUAACCCAACAAGCUAAUCAUCAUCAUCAAACUAAUACAACGGUAGUAUCAAUUGUUAAUCCACCUAUUCAAUCACCACAUCAUCAUAAUAAAAUAUUUACUGCAAAUGCUACAACGUGUACACGUCAUUUACCAAAUACUAUUUAUGCAAAUCCUUCCCAAAUCAAAAAUGGUACAUUGACUGAUAUCAAUUCACCAAGUGAUUUAAAUCUGUCAUCAAUUGCUCAAAUUCAAUCUGGUACUACAGUCGCUGUACAAAUUAAUAGUAAUAUUAGUAGUAGCAGUAAUAAUAAUAAUAGUAGUAGUAAUCCUAGUAAUAGUGUUAAUAAUAAUAAUAAUAACAAUUCCACAAAUAAUCCAAUUUUAUCACAAUCAUCAACUUCUGUUGCGCUAACGUCAACCACGACAUCAUAAUUCAUAUUAAAAAAAUUAAAGUUACUAUUUUUUAUGUUAGAAAGAUGAAAAAUGCGUCUGUUGUUAAACUUUCUAUUUUUUUCUAUGGCUAUUUUCUUGCACUUAUUCGUUUUCCUACUAUACAUCUUCCUAUACAUCUUUUUUUUGGUUACAUAACUCACAUACUAUUCUUAUUCCAAAUAAUAGUAUUAAAAAGUUGAGAAGUUUUGUUUAUAUUUUGGAGACACGGAUUUUUCAACUGUUUUUUCUAUUACUACUUCUAUUGUUAUUAUUAUUAUUAUUAUUAUUAUUACUUUAUACAUUUUUAUUCGACUUUUAUAGCUCCGAUGUAUCUUACUCAACCUUCUGUUAUUCUUAUUACUAUUUAUAUCAUUCGUUAUGUGUUCUAGCGACAUGUUCUUACCGGCCUGAUCACCUACAAGUUGGCGACUGUUUUUUUCUUUUUUAUUAUAGUCCUUCUGUCAUUGCUACGCAUACUAUGUGUUUGUUAUUACUCUAUCUACAAGGACAGUAAAUUAAUUACCUUUUUAAGACUUCGUAUAAAACGAAAUUAUUCCAUGCGAUUAUUAUUAACUACUACCACUACUGAUACUAAUGCUAUUCACACAGCCAUCACUUCCCAUUAUUGUUAUUACUAUUAUGACUAAUCUUUAAACUUACAAUUCCUUAUUUAAAACAAAAGUAACUUUGAAGAAGAUGAAAGAAUCAAGACUUAGAAGAAAGAAAGAUAAAAAAAGAAAAGAUUGAGAAAGAUUACAUGUUGUUAUUGUUUGUGUUUUCUUGUUAUUGUUGCUGUUUGUCUUUCUUGUUCCUCUCCUUUUAUUUUUAAUAAAAAGAUGAAAAGAUUGCCAAGUUAUUUCAGUAAAAAUUUAAAAAAAGCAACAGUGAAUGACUUUCCUACUCUGUUCAUACCAUGACAUAAAGAGAUAAGCUCAAUUUUCAAUAUAUAUUACACUAUUAUUACUUAUAUGUAUCUCGUAUUUAUACCUAUACGUUCUAUUAUUAUUACUGUAACAGUUAUGUUCGGUUCUGUUUUCACCUUUACGCCUUAACGUUUUGUAAAAUUUGUUAGUUUUGUUAAUAUGUACCUUUCUACAUUGAUAUAUAUAUAUAUAUGAUGUUUUUCUCCUUGUUCAUAUUUUGUUAUGGAUAUUUUUAAAUAAAAAACAGUAAGAGUUA